AUGAUUAAGCUAGUCAUUGGAGGAUGUACUUUGAGUGUUAUUAGUUCUUAUGCACCUCAAGUGGGCUUGGGUGGGGAGGCCAAAAAGCUCUUUUAUAAGGAUUUGGAUGAGGUAGUUAGAGGUAUACCGAACACCGAGAAAAUUUUCAUUGGUGGAGAUUUUAAUGGCCAUAUCGGGGCAACUUCUAAUGGCUUUGAUAAUGUUCAUGGAGGCUUUGGUUUUGGGGAGAGAAAUGGGAGUGGAACUUCGCUUUUGGAUUUUGCUAAGGCUUUUAAGUUGGACUGCAAGGGUAUACCAAGUGAAAAUCUUACUAUCCAACACAAGCUUUUGGUGAUGGACCUAGAAAUUAAGAGGGAUAGGAGGAAGAAGAUUGUAUCUAAUCGACCGAGGAUUAAAUGGGGUGGCUUGACCCCUGCCCUUUCUCGGGAGAUGGGUGAGAAGUUGAGUGGGAUGGGGGCUUGA